GACUUUUAUUAUGAAAUGCUGCGCCAUUUUGAAUCUACACUGCACAGCAGCUUCAUCAACAAACUGAGUUGGCAGGGUAUAGCUGAACUGUGUCGUGGAAAUGAGUUCGGCAACAACCCCACCUGAUUCGGACCCUACCCGGCGUCGGAGGGUUCACAGUAUGCUGAAGGUUUACUACGGCCUGAAUGAGGAAGGAAAAGCCACAGAACAAGCCGACUCUCUGGAUCCCUGCGAUAUCAAUGGGCCGCAUUUCGACCCUGAGAUUUAUUUAAAUAAGUUGAGGCAGGAAUGUUCUCUCGGUGAGCUGAUGGACCAUGAGAGCUGCAUGGUGAAACAGAUCAGAUCUCUGGACAGUGACAUGCAAACCCUGGUUUAUGAAAACUACAACAAGUUCAUCUCUGCCACAGAUACAAUUAGGAAAAUGAAAAAUGAUUUCAAGAAGAUGGAAGAUGAGAUGGACUGUUUGUCGGCCAACAUGGCCGCCAUCACAGAGUUCAGUGCCUGCAUCAGUGGCACGCUGCAGAACCAGCAUGCACAGAUCACCAAACUGUCAGGUGUUCACACUCUCCUCCGUAAGCUGCAGUUUUUGUUUGAGCUGCCAGCGAGACUCAAUAAGUGUCUGGAGUUGCAGGCCUAUGCCCAAGCCGUGAGUUCCCACCGCAAGGCGCGCUGUGUGCUGCAGCAAUACAGUCACAUGCCCUCCUUCAGGGGUAUCCAAGAUGACUGUCACAUCAUUAUGGAACAGCUUGCUCAGAAAUUGCGACAGAAAUUCAGGGAUGGUGGCUCGAGUGCCAAGGAUCUCUCUGAAUGUGUCGAGCUACUUUUGCAGUUAGACGAGCCUGCGGAAGAGCUUUGUGACAAAUUCCUUAGCCACGCCCAGUCUAGGUUAGAGGUGGACCUCCAGGGAUUGGAGGCGGAGCUUAAAGACUCACCAAUUCCUGAUACCGGCUUUGCACUAAAACCAGGUCCCGGAUCGAAUCCUGUCUCUCCUUCAUCUACAGGCAAUCCCUUCCUCUCUCCUAGUGCCGGAACAGACAUCCUGGAGUUCAUCGAUCGAGGGUGCAAUGAGUUUGUUAGUAACGUCUGUUUGGUCAUUGCCUCCUAUCAAGAAUUGUUCAUCAACCGCCCGCAGGAGAGCGAGUUGGCGUCAAAGAAUAUUCCCGAAAUGGCUAAUGGCAAGCUACAUGUAUUUGUUGACACCUUGGCUGCUAGAUACUUUUCUUUAGUCGAGCGAAGGAUACAGGAAGAGAAAGGGGUGGGGGAUAACUCUUUAUUAGUGAGAGCUCUGGAUCGCUUCCAUCGCAGAUUGCAGGCCAUUUCUAAACUACUUCCAGGGUCAGCAGUGCCCAGCCAAGGAACUGAGAUAGUGGUACGGGCAGCAAGGGAGAGGAUCAAACAGUACCUGUCUGCCUUACAAACCUUCUACCAUGGUAGUCUUACUGAUGUGAGACAGGCUUUGGCUGCCCCACGUUUAUCAGUGGGCGGGGCCAGUUCAUCAGGAGGUGGAGCUCUUGGGGGAGGGGCUGCAAAUAAAGAUGCCCAGCCUAAUCUGUCAGAGCUGCUGAGUUCAUUGUCUAACUUCAUUCUCAAUCAGUUAAAGUCUGUAUUGGCUUCAGUGCACCUCUUCACAGCGAAAGACAUCACUUUCUCCAACAAGCCUUAUUUCAAGGGUGAGUUUUGUAGCCAGGGUGUCCGUGAGGGUUUGGUUGUGAGCUUUAUCAAGUUCAUCUGCCAGUCAUCUCGGCAAUACUGUGAAAGUGCAGGUGACCGAGGUGGAUCUACCCCUCCUGCUCUCCUUCUGUUACUUUCUCGUCUCUGUCUGGACUUUGAGACAUCUACCAUCUCCUACAUUCUUACGCUUACAGACGAACAGUUUCUUGUACAGCACCACACUCCUGUUACUCCAGUUACAGCGCUUUGUGCGGAGGCCAGAGAGGCUGCACAAAAAUUACUGAACCACUACGUAAAGGUUCAAGGACUAAUCAUCUCUCAGAUGCUAAGAAAAAGCGUGGAAACAAGAGAUUGGGUGAACACCAUUGAACCUCGAAACGUCCGAGCUGUAAUGAAAAGAGUGGUGGAAGAUACCACCUCCAUCGAUGUACAGGUGGGACUGCUUUAUGAGGAAGGGGUAAGGAAAGCCCACAGCAGUGACUCCAGCAAACGUACCUUUUCUGUAUACAGCAGCUCAAGACAGCAGAUUAGAUACGCACCAAGCUACACUCCCAGUGCUCCAAUGGACACAAAUUUGCUAAGUAACAUUCACAAACUGUUUUCUGAGAGGAUCGACAUCUUUAGCCCAGUGGAGUUCAACAAGGUCUCUGUACUGACUGGCAUCAUUAAAAUAAGUCUGAAAACAUUCCUCGAAUGUGUUCGUCUGCGCACAUUUGGACGUUACGGACUGCAGCAAAUUCAGGUGGAUUGUCACUAUCUGCAGAUGUACCUGUGGCGAUUUGUGUCAGACGAGAACUUAGUUCACUUCCUGUUGGAUGAGAUUGUGGGUAGUGCCGCCCACCGUUGCCUGGACCCCUCUCCAAUGGAGCAGAGUGUUAUAGAGGUCAUCUGUGAGAGGGGGUAGAGAAACACAAGAAGGAUGUGUAAAAACCUUUUCAUCAGUUGGACGACCCCAAAUUCAAGUCAUUUUGUGAAUUUUCCACAUACAUGCAUAUAUUAGCGGUUUCGUGCACUGUUUCUUGUGCAAGGGUUAUAACGCUGAAAUUAUGGUCACAAAAUGAAUGCAACAUGGCAUUAAAAGUAAAUUAUGACCCAUUUAUUUAAUCGAAUUAACUGUAUAUCAUGUGUUUAAAUGUAUGAUGAUUUGUCUAUAAAAGUAAAUGAGUACCCACAAAAAUACAGUUAAAUUCUUUAGUAUUUACUAUAGUAAGCUGUUGUAUAUUAGUAAUUACUACACUUCGUUAAUGUAUACUACAUUAUACUGUAGUAUUACUUGGAGUGAACUUAUUAACUGCUGUAUGCUUUAAUAUUUACUAUAGGGAGCUACAAUAAACACUAUUAUUUGCUACAGUACAGUUUACUAUACUAAAUACUAAAGUAUACUUCUCGUAUGGGUACAUUUAAAACAUAUUUCAUUGUUGAUUCGUUGUAUGUCUGUAUUCAUUCAACACUGGAUGAUAUGUAUUUAAUAAACAUAUUUAAUAAACAAAUAUGCAACAAAUAAA